AUGGGUGUUACAGUCGAGACCAUUUCUGCCGGUGACGGUGCCACCUUCCCCCAGAAGGGCGACGUUGUGACCAUCCACUACGUUGGAACUCUUGAGUCCGACGGGUCGAAGUUCGACAGCUCCCGCGACCGCAAAGACCCUUUCGUUACAAAGAUCGGUGUCGGCAAGGUCAUCAAGGGCUGGGAUGAGGGUGUUCCCCAGCUCAGCCUCGGCCAGAAGGCUGUCCUGACCUGCACUCCUGACUAUGCCUACGGUGCUCGUGGCUUCCCUCCCGUCAUUCCCCCCAACUCGACUCUGAAGUUCGAGGUCGAGCUCCUCAAGAUCAACUAA